CUUGGCCCUGCCUGACGGUUCAGUGUUCCCCCCUCCCCCACCAGCCGUGCUCCUGUUUCACUCAAAGAUGGCGUCGGCUCUAGAGUCCCUAGUCUCUGGCUGCAUUUUUAGGCUUGUUGUUGUCUCCGUUUCGCACGGCUGUGGCACCUUCUCCUCGGCGGCUCGACACGAAAUUCCGGGUUUGUCAGCUACUGAAGUGCAAUAGGCAUGAAGGUGAUCAGCCCUGGCUGCUCCCUGGGGUGAGAUAUCUGUUCCGUCCCAGAGCUGAGAAGCCCAGACUGCUGGUUGAGUAGAAGAUGACUAGAGAGAAAAAGUAAAGAAGACGGAACGUGGAUGCAGAGAAAAAUUCUCAUCUUGUGGAAUGUCAUAAUCCACUAAAAACACAUUUACUGCAUUGGGCUCACCUUUAUCAUUGAAACACUAAUUUCAUGUCUUGGAAACCAUGAUCUCUCAUAACUCACAUUGAAAACUGGCUAGUUUGCCAGCAACAGGAAACUAACUGAACAGGUUUUAUUGUCCAUGUAUAAGUAUUUUGCAACAGGCAAAGUGGGAAACACCUUGUUUUUCUGAGGACCCCUCCUCAAGAUCUACUCUACCCUUCCUUUUGUGCUGUGGGAGUUUAAAUUGCUUAUAGAUCUGUUACUUCCUCCACUCCCCCUGCUUCUCGCCAGGGACCGUCACCUGGCUGGGAGUAGGUGGUGGGUGGACCUGAUUUUACCAGGUGGAGGGUUGGCUCAGGGGGUUUGUGCUAUGGUUAGCUGCUCCCUUCCGUGCUGCUCAUACUCAGCUACUGAGGGACUGUCUGUGCGACCCCAGGACAAGGGAUAGUAAGCAGGCAGAGGGCAAAGAGGAGGAGGCGGCGGCGCUACGGCGCAGGCCAGGUAUUUCCUUGGCUUACAGUCCCUAUUUUUUGUGUGCGGUCAUUGUGGUAAGGCCCCAGGGCCCGCGCACCCAUCCAGACUGCAGCCAUGGUGAAAUUGGCGAACCCAAUGUACACCCAAUGGAUCCUAGAGGCCAUCAAGAAGGUGAAGAAGCAGAAGCAGCGACCAUCAGAGGAGCGUAUUUGCAAUGCGGUCUCCAUGUCCCAUGGUCUCGACCGCAAAACGGUUCUGGAGCAGUUAGAGCUCAGCGUUAAGGAUGGUACCAUCCUUAAGGUCACCAACAAAGGUCUAAACUCCUACAAGGACCCUGAUAACCCUGGGCGCUUGGCUCUGCCCAAACCCAAAGGUAGUGGCUCCUCUGGAGGAAGCGGAGGAGGAGGAGGAGGAGGUGGAGGAGGAGGUGGAGGUGUCAGCAGCAGUGGCAGCGGUAGUUCUCACUCCCAUUCCGGGAAGAAACCGGGACUUGACUGGAACAAGCUGAUCAAGCGGGCACUGGAGGGGCUCCAUGAGCCUGGCGGCUCCAGCUUAAAGAACAUUGAGCGCUUUCUGAAGUGCCAGGCUGAUGUGGCAGCCUACUUGUCUGGCAGCGGCUCUAUGGGGCCUGGCCUCUUCCACCAGCAGCUGAGGGUGGCCCUGAAGAGGGCAGUGGCUCAUGGACGUGUGGCGAAGCAGGGUCCACUGUUCCAGCUCGUCAGCCGCAGCAGCUCCCAGGAUGAUGGGACCGGGACGGUGUCUCUGGAAUCGCUGCCACCUGUUCGGUUACUGCCCCAUGAGAAAGACAAGCCGGUUGCAGAGCCCAUCCCCAUCUGCAGCUUCUGUUUGGGCACCAAGGAGCAGAAUCGUGAUAAGAAGCCGGAGGAGCUCAUCUCCUGUGCUGACUGUGGCAAUAGUGGCCACCCGUCCUGUCUCAAGUUCUCCCCAGAGCUCACAGCACGUGUCAAGGCUCUGUGGUGGCAGUGCAUUGAAUGCAAGACUUGCAGCAACUGUCAGGAUCAGGGAAAGAAUGCGGACAACAUGUUGUUCUGUGACUCCUGUGACCGGGGCUUCCACAUGGAGUGCUGUGAUCCUCCCCUUACGCGGAUGCCAAAAGGCAUGUGGAUUUGUCAAAUCUGCCAACCCAGGAAAAAGGGAAAGACACUUUUACAUGAAAAGGCAGCACAAAUCAAACGGCGCUACAAUGCACCAUUGGGACGGCCCAAGAACAGGCCAGGGCGGCCCUUCAAAAAGCUUGGUGGCCGUGGUCGGCGGAAGCGCUCAGCCUCGGCCAACUCAUCCUCUAGCUCCUCCUGCGAGGGUUACCCUGGUGAUGACCGGCUGCUUUUUUCGAUGCGGGAGGAUGAUGACCUGUCACAGAGCGGCCUACGCUUCAACAACAAGACCAAGGGCCUUAUCGACGCCCUCACAAAGUUUUUCACACCGUCACCUGAGGGCCGCAAGGCAAGGCAGGAAGUGGUGGACUACUCACAGCAGUGCCGCAUCCGUAAAAAAGCCAGUCGUAAGGGAGAAGGAGAUGACAGGGGGGACAAUCAGGAAGGCAGCGACUGGCGUGACGACGAUGACAAACUGCCUGGCCACGAGAACCUGACGGAAAAAGACAUUGAACUGUUCAGACACAUCCAGGAACUGGCACUGCAGAAAGUUGGGGUGACAGGUCCACCGGACCCUCAGAUGCGCUGUCCAUCAGUUAUCGAAUUUGGCAAGUUUGAAAUCCAAACGUGGUAUUCAUCUCCCUACCCCCAGGAGUACAGUAGACUACCCAAGCUCUACCUGUGUGAAUUCUGCCUGCGCUACAUGAAGAGUCGCAGCAUCCUUUACCAGCACAUGAAGAAGUGCAACUGGUUCCACCCCCCUGCCAAUGAGAUCUACAGGAAGGAUGAUGUCUCUGUAUUUGAGGUUGAUGGGAAUGUGAGCACAAUCUACUGUCAGAACCUUUGUCUGCUGGCAAAGCUGUUCCUGGACCACAAGACCCUCUACUAUGAUGUGGAGCCCUUCCUUUUCUAUGUCCUGACCCAGAACGACAACAAAGGUUGCCACCUCGUCGGUUACUUCUCCAAGGAGAAGCACUGUCAACAGAAAUACAACGUAUCAUGCAUCAUGAUUCUUCCACAGUACCAGCGCAAGGGCUACGGACGGUUUCUCAUUGACUUCAGCUACUUAUUGUCAAAGCGUGAGGGCCAGCCAGGAUCUCCAGAGAAGCCUCUGUCGGACCUAGGUCGGCUGUCUUACAUGGCCUACUGGCGCAGUGUGGUGCUAGAGUGUCUCCAUGAGGUCCGCGACCGGCAGAUCACCAUACGACAGCUUAGCAAACUGACAGGGAUCUGCCCGCAAGACAUCACCACCACCUUGCACAGCCUCAACAUGCUGGAGCAACGAGGAGACAGACUUGUCCUAGUGCGAAGGGAGAAGCUGGUGACUAACCACAUGGCCCGUCUCAAGGCCCGUCCACGACAACUGGAGGUCGACCCCGAGUGUCUCCGCUGGACUCCCGUCAUUGUAACCAACACCGUGGUAUCUGAUGCUGAUGGAGAUGAUGAUGAUGAUGACGAGGAGGAUGAAGAACCAGAGAAAGACAACUACAAGGAGAUCAGACCAAGUCAUAAGGUCCCUCCAAUGUCCUGGCACAUGCGCCAAGGGAAGAAGAGGGAUGAGGAAGAGGAGGACGAAGAGGACGAGGAAGAGGAAAGGAAGGGCUUCUUGGGGUUUCCCAUUAACCAAAGCUCUCCAACUUCCCCUCCUGUCCGCUUUCCACCCCCUGUCCAGCAACCACCACGACCACUUCCCCCAACAAAUGGAGAACGCAGACCACGGGGGCGACCACCCAAAAACUGGCCUUGGGGCAAGGUGAAGGACAGCACGCGGGUGGGACGGCCACCUAAGAUUCGCCCCGUGGAGGAUGAGGAUGAUGAAGAGGAGGAGAUAACAGAGGGAGGAAAAACCACAGGCUCUGCCAGCAGCCCCCCUUCCCUUUUCUCACUGGAAAAACAAGCAGAGUCCACAGCCUUUUACUCACUGGACAUGGCCAGACACGCCUCCAUAACCCCCACACGAAGAGGGCGGCCCCCAAGGAAAAAGAGAGGCCCUAAGCCCAGACUGACUGAAGGGCCUGGAGAGGGGCUGGCUCAGCUUCCUGUGGUUCCCAGGUUAAAUGAGUCUCCACCUGUCAGGAAGAGCUGCUUCAGUGAAAGCAGUGAAGAAGAAGAUGACGAUGACGAAGAUGAUGAAGAAAGGAGGCCAUCCUCCCCACCCAUCCUCACCAAGCCUGCCAUGGGGCUCAAAUGCAAGAAGCCCCUGAGGAAACGUCGCUUUCGCCAGCGCAGCCACCCUCACAGCAGCGUAGUGACAGAGACUAUUUCUGAGACCACAGAGGUGUUGGAUGAGCCCUUUGUAGACUCAGACUCAGAGAGGCCUAUGCCCAGGUUGGAGGAGGAGACACCCCUGGGCCACCCAAUGCGCCGUUACCCCCCAGCCCGCUCUGCUCUGAGGUUGUCAGACCCAGCACCCAAAAGGGGCCGGCACUCCAACCUCUCAGAUUCAGAGGAAGACGAGCUAACGCCUAUGCUGAAGCCUGUGGCUGCUCUGCCAGCAACUCCAUCAAAGACCCUAGCAGCCAACCCAGAGGUCCCAGUCAAGAAGAAGAAAGGCUGGCCCAAGGGAAAGAGCCGUAAACCACUGCACUGGAAGAAACGGGGACCUGGUAAACCAACUAGCGGUGGGCCCAGCCAGCGAGCCGCUAUAGAUAGCCAGGCCCAAAGUGGGGAUCCUCCACCCCCCAAAAUCAAGAUGAAGCCUGGCCGCAAGCCCCGCAGCUGGUACCUGCAGCGGGCCCAGGAGGAGGCAGAGAGACAGGAGCAGGAAAGACAAAGGCUAUUGGAGCAUCAGCUGGAAAAAGAUCCUCAGCUGCUCCAGACAGACGAUCGUAAUAGCAAGCGAGUCUGCAGAACCGACAGAGACAGCAAACAGAAAGACUCUGACGAAGAUGAUGACUAUUUCUCUAAGCCUGUUGAGCAAAAGGUGCCCAAGAGGCGAGGGAGACCGCCCAAGAACCGUGCCCUCUGCCAGCCACCACAGCCUGCCCCCAAACCAGCUCCCACUUCCGAGCCAGAGGAGGAAGAGGAAGAGGAUGAGGAGGAGGAGACUGAAAGAGCUUGGGAGGAGGACAAACCCAGCCGUCCACCAUCCCGUCCCCUGUUGUCCCCUUCUUCCUCCUCUUCCACCUCAGGGCCCCGGGCCCCACAGUCCCGGCCUCAGGACACAGAUAUGGGUGACAGGGAAGAUGAAGAUGACGAUGAGGAGAGGGAGGAAGAGGAAUGUGGCAGCAUGGGCAGCGGUGGCGGUAGUAUCAACAGGCGAACAUCAGUCACACCAGGUUCAGGAAGCAGGCGCAGUGAUGACCAUGAUGCAGAUGAUGAAGGUGAUGGACACUUAGAGGACAAGAGCAACAGCAGCAACAACAGCAGUAAGAAGAGAAAAAGUCAGGACUCUGAAGAUGAAGAUGAUGAUGAAGACGAGGAGGAGGAGCCUGCCUCCCGUGCAAGCUCUCCUCCAGUCAAAGAAGAACCCCAAGGUGGAGAGGCUUUUUUAGACAUGGAGAACAGCGUGGCCCGAGACUAUGUCAGCAAGCAGGAGGAGGAAGAAGAGGAGGAGGAGGAGGCUGAGGAGGAGUUGCGGGAGGCCAAGUGUCGGCCUGCCUCAGCCGACCCACAGCAGGAGGAGAGGCGGCGCAGAGAGCAGGAGGAGUCUGCUGCAGCAGCUGCAGCAGUGGAAACAGUUACGGCCAUGUCUGUUCCCUCUGAGCCCAUGGAGCUCCAGCCUCUGCACUCGGACGACAAGGACGUGACGCUAUUGAUGGAACCCCAGCACACACAUCCACACUCACACCCUCACCAGCACUCUGACUUCAAAGAGGAGCUGGGCCACCAUCACCCACACAAUCCCCAUCACCACUCCAAUGAGCUUGACCUGGAGACUAUGCAGGCCGUCCAGUCACUGACGCAGGGGGAGGCCCAGGACGAAGAGACGGAACCCCAGCCACACCACGGGGCAUACCAGGACUGUGAGGAGACCCUAGCUGCCUGCCGGACCCUUCAGAGUUACAGCCACACAGGGGAGGCAGAGGAGGAGGCCUUGGCCUUAGUGGAGGAGUGUGGGGCCUCCCAGCACAGCAGCCCUCUCCCAAAUCCCCCAGUGCCGCCCCUACCCAGUCAAUCUGUGCGCUCUGUGAAUAGUCCGGGGCUGCCCUCAGGAAUCAUGGACACAACACCAGCAGGGCAGAGAGGAGGGACUCCUGGCCCCCCUGGAGCAGGGAGCAAUGGUGGAGGUGCUGGAUCGGGGUACACCCAGAUCACACCAGAGCAUCCCAGUUCCCUGUCUGCCCCAUCCCAGCAGAACAUGGAGACGUCGCCAAUGAUGGAUGUACCCUCUGUGUCAGACCACUCGCAGCAGGUGGUGGACAGCGGCUUCAGUGACCUGGGCAGCAUAGAGAGCACUACAGAGAACUAUGACAACCCCAGCAGCUAUGACUCCACCAUGGGUGGAGGGGGCAAUGGAACAGGGAAUGGGGGGAACGGAGGGGGAAUGUCAGCUGCUGUAGUUGCCUCCACAGCCUCCUCGUCAUCAGCCUCCUCUUCUUCCAGCUCGGCCACCCCGUCCUCCUCCCAGUCGAACAGCUGCUCCUUUGUGCCAGCCCCCAGCCUCACAUCUUCCACAGGAACUGCAGGAUCCCAGCUGGCGAUGGGCAGCUGUAGCCUCAUUCAGCAGACAGGACCAGGACCCAACAGUGGGCCAGGUGCCAGUAAUGUAGGCAGUGGUGUGCCCCAGCCCCCACCACCCCCACCACCGUCCAACACCCCCAGCUGUGGCAUUAAGUCUCCUCAGAGCUGUGGUGUGAUUGAAAGGCCUCCCAGCACCAACCAGCAGCAGCAACAGAAGCAGUCCCAAAAAAAGGUUCCGCAGCAGCCUCCCCAGCAGCAAGCUCCCAACCCUCAGCCUCCACCCUCAGCACCACCACCACCACAGCAACAACAGCAAGCCCUGUCUCAGUGUAGCAUGGGCAAUGGCUUUGCCUCAACACCCAUGAUCAUGGAGAUCCCAGAAAGUGGAGGUGGAGGUGGUGGCCGCACCCUCUAUGAGCGCAUGGGUCAGGAUUUUGGCACAGGGGGCUACCCCCAGCCUUCAGCAACGUUCAGCCUGGCCAAACUACAGCAGCUCACAAACACCAUCAUGGACCCCCAUGCCAUGCCCUAUUCUCACUCUGCCUCUGUCACCUCCUACGCCACCAGUGUUUCCCUCUCCAAUCCCGGGCUUGCCCCUUCACCACACACUCCCCUCCCUCAGGGCCAGCCUACUAUGACCACACCUCCUAACCUGAGCUCUGGCUCCAUGAACCUAGGCUCCCUGCAGCUGCAGUGCAACAUGCCCACCACCAACAUUGGCCUGGGACCCCCAUCACACACACAGAGGCUACAGGGCCAAAUGGCUACAGUCAAAGGCAGUAUUUCCAUCCAGUCCAAAGCACCGCAGCAGCUGGCGCCAGCCCCACACCAGCAGCAGCUCUAUGGACGCAGCUCAGGGGCUGUGGCCAUGCAGGGCACGCCGCGCACCUUGGCCGUGCAGCGCGGCAUGAUGCCAAACCUCAUGCCCACGCCGGCACCAUACAAUUCCAUGAACAUGACGCCCCUUAACGCCAUGUCAGCCGGCUACCGAAUGCCCCAACCCAUGAUGAACAGUGGUUAUCACGGCAAUCCCCCUUACAUGAAUCAGCCAGCUCAGUACCCCAUGCAGAUGCAGAUGGGCAUGAUGGGAGGGCAGGGUUACCCACAGCAGCCUAUGCAGCCCAAUCACCACGGCAACAUGAUGUACACUGGCCCCUCUCAUCACAGCUAUGCUGGUGUCCCAAAACAGUCACCUUACAUGAGCAGAUGAGCAGCCAAGAACUGAAAAAGGAGACAUGAGGCCAGAGCUGAUACUCGCUUUACUCUAAAUGUCCAUUACUCCUGUUCACCCUCUCCAGUGCCUCGGCAGGCACCAGGGAGUGUAGGUGAUGGAGACAAGGAGGGUCUUUGGAGUUCCUGUUUUUCUACGUUGUCAUUUGGUCCCUUUUUAUUUGGGCUCGUUUCCCCUCCCCUCCCAGCUGGCUGUGUAUGGGAGCAAGGAUUCAGGGUGGGGGUUGUACAUGGACCGCGACCGUGCUGUGCUGCUUCAGGUCAGGCCUACACAGUCCUCUAAUGUGGUUUCACACAGACCCAGGAGUCUCCUCCUCCUCAUGAUGUGCAGGAGGAGAGUAGGGGAGAACAAGAACAGGACGGAAGAUACACAGAGAAAGACAAUACAGGAAUACCUUGCUUUGUCAGACUGCGAAUGAAAAACUGAAUAUAUUCAACCAUGCACACAGUCUUUUAAGUGAUAUAGGAAGCCUUACCCUGAAAAAAGAGACAGUGAAAAAUAGUAGGCGGACUAUUGUUUUGUUUUGUUAAACAUAAUGUUGAAUCUUAUUUUUGUUGUUGUUGUUUUUUUUUGUUUUUUUUAUUGUUUUUUGAAAUACUUGUGUGCAGUCCGACCUCUUAUAUGCUUUGGUCUUUAUAUGUGUGGCAUUCUGAGAUGGUGAUACACCCUCUUGCUCCCUGAGAAGAACCCAAACAUCUCUGUGGCCACCUGGUCAGACAGCUUUUCACCUAGUUCCAGAAAAGCAUAGGAGCGGGGCCUCCGGUGUUUGAGGUCUUGAGGUGUUUCCAGAGUCUCUGUCUUCCCAGAUGGACACUGUUGUACCAAAAACACAGCAAAGACACAGAAGACACGAGCACAUUACUGUCUAUGUCCAUAAAUGAAACAAGUAGCAUUAUUUUCCAGUUUACCGCCUCUCUGAAAUAUUUAGAUGUAAAUAUUCUGGUACUUCCCAAUAUUCAGUGCGUGCGUGCACACACGCACACACACACACACACAUACACACAAACACACACAUACACACACACACACACACUGGCUAGCUGUUGCCAAUUGGUGGCUGGCUCAGGAAAUAUCCAGCUGUUCCACACUCCACUGACAGACGGUGUACAAUGUCAGCCUUUUUUUAGCAGUGUAGGGAAUGCAGAACAAACGGUGGGAUUUCCAUUUAACUGCUUUAAAGAAAGUCAGUUAACUAUAGCUGACUUCCCCUCCUUAAGUGUUAGUGACUCAAAGAGGUCGAGGACUCUGCUUUUGAAUUGUGUAUUCUGUUAAAACUGUAAAACUUUUUUUUUUUUUUUUUUUUUUUUUUUUCUGCAAAAUUCUGCACUCCCAUUGUCUAGAAAUAUGGCAGUAGACGGUUAGCCUUUAUAAAAGGUGUGCCUAAAUGCCUGAUCUAGUGCAUGGUUUGGACCUCACAUAGAGGCACACUCAUAUAAAAGCAGGGUCGGAGGUGAGUUAGUGUUAGAGGUCCUGUUGGCUAUGGCGUUCAACUAGCAGGGGUGAAACGGUUGACCUUGUUGCUCCAUGUACCAGUAUUCAAAGUCAAAAGAGGAGUUUUCAUUUUCUAACAGACCUGACAUUGCAUACUUUAUUUGUGUGUAUUGUUCUGUUCUGUACUUAUUUUUUGUUUUUGUUUCUUUCUGAAUUUUAUCAGACUGGGCAGCUUUCUUUUAUGACACAAGCUGACUCUUUUUGACUUUAGAAAACCUAUUGUAGAGAAAAUGUUUUUUCUAUAAUAUAAAAGGAAAUUCUGACAUUGAUAUUGGUACUGUCAUUUUUUUCACUUCUGUUUCAGGAAAAAAAAACAAUACAUAUUUUUUAGCUCGCCUCUUGGGUAAUAAUUACUAAGAAAUUCAAAAUUUAAAAAAAUUACCACUCACUUUUAGUGACUUUAAGAUGCCUUUAACCUCUCCAUUCCAUCUCAUCUCUAGAGUUUUUCUAUCUUUGUGUAGUAUAUUAAUGCUAUUUUAAACAAAAGGACUACAAAUAUCUAAAGGUCACUUGGCAUUCUUUUCUUUUUUUUACUUCUUGUGUGUGUAUAGGAUGACUUCCUUACAUUUAAGAGGCAUGUAAAAAUGAGCUCAGUAUAUUUCUGUCUGUUUAUAUUGCUUCCCUUUUUGUAUCCUUUGUAAUUGUACAUGUUGCGUUGUAUGCUAAGAGAUGGCGCAAAAUAAAGAGAGGAGUGAAAGCUGGGCACACAGUGAAGGUUGAUUUGCGCCCAGCAGCCUCAACUCUCUACUCUGUCCCUGUAUGUAUUUCCAUUUAUUCGUUUUUUUUUCUUUCUUAGCAAGUACUUUCAAAGAACUCUGUACAUUUUAACAUAAAAUGAAAAUAAAUUAUGUUGAGCCA